AAUAUAUUUUUAUUCUUUGCUUAUUACAGGACUCAUCUCAAAAUUUAAGAUCACUUAGCCAUAAACACAUUGCCCCAAAUUCUUUAAUAAUUCCAUUGUUGAAUGAAGUCGGGUUUGAUAACGUAUCACAAAUAAAAAGUUAUAAAAUAGACAAUUUACUUAUUACUGCUUUAGUUGAAAGAUGGAGACCUGAAACUCACACGUUUCAUCUUCCAAUGGGUGAAUGUACCAUAACAUUAGAAGAUGUUGCGUUGCUACUUGGCUUACGUGUUGGGGGUAAAGCUGUAACUGGAUCAACUAUGGUAUCUUGGACAAAUGAUUUUUUAGAUUUGUUAAGAGUCAUGCCACCUGAAUCUCAAAGAAAAUGGAAUUUUAUAAAAUUAAAAUGGCUAAGAGAAACAUUUUCAAUGUUAACUCCAGAAUCACCUAAUGAAGAAAUAAUUAUACAUUGUAGAGCAUACAUUUUAGAAUUGAUUGGCGGCAUAUUAAUGCCAGACAAAUCUCACAACAGAGUACAUAUUAUGUGGUUGCACUUGUUAAGAGAUUUGCGAGAGACAUGACAAUAUAGUUGGGGUUCAGCAUGCUUGGCAACACUUUAUAGAGAAUUAUGUCGUUCAUCUGAACCCGGUGUUAUGUCGAUCGGGGGAUGUUCACAUCUACUUCAAACGUGGGCAUGGUACCAUAUGCCGUUUCUUGCACCAAUAAGUAAUCUUGGCCCUCAUUUUCCAUUCUCAAAAAGAUAUAGUGGAAAAGGUAUGAAAUUUGGCGAUACACCUCGUUAUUAUUCUGCUGGAUAUCGAUCAAAAAUUGAUCACAUGACCGUUAACGAUUUUAUUUGGAGGCCAUAUCUAGGUCUAACAUACGAUCAUCCAGAAGACAAUUGGCUAUGGAAUGCAUCUACAUAUUUAAUUUGUUUCUACAUAAUAGAAAUGCAUCAAACUGAUAGAGUGAAACUACAAUUUGGACUACCUCAAGAAAUUCCACACCCUCCAAGGAACAUGAGAAAGUAUCAUAAGGUAGAUUUGCAUAAACAAGUUGACUAUAGUUGGGCAUUAUUCUACGAAAAUGAGAACAAAGAGUGGAAUGAACGAGAGAAUCAUAUUCUUCAUGGUCAACCUCUAAAUGUUGAAUUCAAACCAAGUUAUGAAUACAUGGUUUGGUUUUGUAAAAAUUCUAAACGAUUUAUUUCUGUAGAAAACCAAUUGGUUGAUCCUCGUGUCAAUCCACCCCAACCUCCACCCCAGCCUCCACCUCAACCUCCACCACAAUCUAGCCAACAUUUUUUUCACCCUCAACCUCCACCGCAAUCUAGCCAACUUUUUUUUCACCCUCAACCUCUACCGCAAUCUAGUCAACAUUUUGUUCACCCCCAACCUCAACCACAAUCUAGCCAAUAUUUUUUUCCAAGAAUCAAUGUCCAACGCAACACAACAAAAUCAAUAUUAUAUACCAACACCUCCUGACACUCAACCGCCUCCUCAUACUUUUACCCACAUACCACAUCCUCAUACUUUUACCCACACACCACAUCAAUCUUACGAGUUCACGCCAGGGGAACAAUUUAAUUUUGACAGCCAACAACCAUAUCAAGAAGACAAUCGUCGACUAUCAUUUGCAUCAAGUGAAGAGGAAUUGUUGUAUAACACGUUCAACACUCGUCAUAAUACACCUGAGUCCGCUACCCAAUUACUGAAUAAUAUGUGCCAACAAAACUUUCAAAUUUCAAGCUUUGGGAAUGCAUAUACUCCGUUGAAUCAAAUAUCCAACUAGACUCAAGGUGGAAGUAGUUCUUCUGCAGCACUUCCUCCUAGACUUCCUCCACAGCAAGAAGACGAAGAUCAAGAAAAAGAAGAAGAACAACAACAACAAACUUGUGAUGUACAAGGCGUCGCCAAAAUUCCGUACGUGUGAGAAAACCUCGACAAUGUGGUACUGGAGGCCACCUUCGACAUUAAUUAUCGUAAUUUUUGUAAAAUUUGUGAUGUUUUUUAUGA